AUCGUUCGGGCGGUGUUAGUCGAACUCCAGUCAACUAUUGUCGUCGCUCGAACUUACUCAUAAAGUAAUAAAACUCAUAAAAAUUUUAUUAGUGGAGGCUGUAGCAGUGUGUUUACGUCAUAGAAUCACUGAACCGUGAGAUGCCGACAAACGAUCGAGUCACCAAGUCCAGGUGACCCGUGGGUAUGGAUGGACAGAGUCGUGUUGACCUUGGUCAGAGCGCAGGCUCUAUUCUAGUUUGUCUUCUCUCUGUGUAAAGACGUUGUUAUUUUGACUACAGCGUCCUUCCUGAUGCACACGUUUAACCAGCCUGGGUGUGCAUACAGGCCAUUGCAUUAUAGAUUCAAGCCCCGGAUGGUCAAAGUAUCGGUGUAGUGGGAAGGCUUCGCGGCAAGAUCAUGGCGCGGCCGUUCCGUCGCGCAUUAUACCCGCUGUCUGCAGCGUGGUCCUCUGGCAGUGCUCGCAUCCUUCUUCAUUUUCUUCUUCUCUCUUGGCAACAUCAGUUCCUUCGUCAUCCUUUACGUGUAUCUUCAGAAAGAUUUUCAAGCCUCAUCAAUCGAAACAGGUUGGGUCGGAUCCGUGGCAUGGGCGACCAUGAAUUUCUUAGCACCACUACCUAGCGCUCUCUAUGUCAGAUACGAUUACCAGCGAGUUGUCCUUAUUGGCGUUCUACUGGCUUUUACUGGUUUGAUUGCUACUUCAUUUGCCAAUUACCUUUGGGUGGUAUACAUCACCUAUGGGCUUUUGUUUGGUGCGGGCAGUAACUUCAUGAUAACGGUGGCCAUCAAUCUCGUUACCAGCCACUACCCAGGAGAGAGCAAUGUAAGGGCCACCUCCCUAACAUCAGCUGGCCAACCAGUAGGGCUUCUUAUCCUGAGUGCUUCGCUCAACCAAGCGUGCUUCUAUCUGGGUUGGCGUAAUGGUCUUCGUAUUGUGUCCGGCCUCACACUGGCUACUGGUUUGCUAUGCACCGCCCUGUUGCGGCCACCGAGUGCCACCGAUGCACACGACAAUGACAUCGAUUGUAAGCCAGCCACAGGUUGUCGCGACACCGGGGCAGAGGCUGGCUGUAGUAGCGCGGAGUCUGCAGUCAAUGGUCACGCCACUCGGUUGGUAGACAAGACUGUGGAUUUCAAAUUAGUGACGAAGGGAGGGCGGGGGGAAAAGGCCUAUCAACCCAUCCCGUCUCACGUUGGAGACGAAUUUGACCAUUCUAAUCGGGAAUCUUCCAAAAGUAGCUUCUCUCCCUCUCAGCCAUCGAUAGAUUUGGGAAGAGUUGAUCGAAGCUGUCGCUUGAGUAACAAGGUUAAAAAUGAACUCAAUCCCAGCUCUUCCUUAGAUAAGCCAGACAAUCAGCAGGUUGGACCCUUACCCCAACAGCAGCAACAGACCCAAACAGGAGACUUCGUGGGUAAAAUCGAUGUCAGCGCUGGGACGUUUGUCCCAUAUACUCUUCACGAGACUAGUGACGCACUACUACCAAGACUGGAAACAGUUCCGGUCAAUAAAAAGGGCGCCACCAAUAAUCCCAAUAGAGCAGAUCCCUCGUUCUGUCUGAGGUAUGUCAGACUGCUUCGUCUUCCUGGUCACUGGCUGUUUUUUCCCGCCAUCAUUACAUCCACAUCGGCAGUUCUCUUCAGCGUCAUCCACUUUGUGAGCUUUGCCAGCACGGUUGGUAUCUCCGAGCAUAAAGCGUCUGCUCUUGUGAUUGUGCUGUCGGGGAUGGAGCUGGCCUCCCGUAUGCUGGUCUUCUUCGUCUACGGCAACCGAGGUAUAAGUAAAGAUCUAACAGGCAGUUUCACCAUCACUCUGCACAUCACAGCUGUCCUCUUCCUCCUCGCCGCCAUUUUGUUCGUCUCUACGCAUGUGUGGAGGAAAAGGCAUCCCCUUAUUGGCCAGAGAGAGCUGGUCGAUUCUGACGUCAACGCAUAUACGCAGCGCAGAAGAGGAAAAAUAUCUGGGCCAACAAGAAAACGUGUUCUGCCUACAAGGGAAGCCAUGACACCACUGGGAAUGUCACUCUUGACUGGUUGGAAGAUGUUACUGACCCACAUCUUUUAUCUUCACUUCAUUCCAUCCGGGAUGCUGGAAACUCCUGUCCGUAAGGUGCAGGACAGGGGAAGUCCCGUACACGUGACCUGCAUUCCUCGCUGUACGAAGCUGUAGACUGAAUAAUGAGUUCAGUAACCUUGGUACAAAGUUCACUGGGGAGGAAUUAUAUGGACGUGAUGAACGGCUCGUUGCGGGGAUCAAAUGUCAAGCUGUUGUAAAAGGGCAAACUACUAUGGUCUGUCUGAAAUUUGAUGAGCAAAAUGUGUUGGUUGAAAGGAAGUUUUACAAGGCAAAAGAGCGACCUUAUAAUGUAGGAAACUGGUUCCAAACUGUUCGCUGUUGCAUUCCUUUUUCUUGUAUUAAUCACACAGGGCUUCUGCUGAAGACAACUUGAAUUUGUAUCGUAAAUAACUGUGAGGGUCUGUCAUUUUGUGCAGUUUUCCAAUUCCUUUCGAAAUGUGUUUUAUGAGCUGCAUAAUUCGGUCUAUUUUUG